AUUCUUUUUAUUGUCAGAGUUUGAAAGACAUUCAGUUGUUGACUUUAACUGCAUAGUAGCUUCCUAACCUCAAAGUUGACUUUUGCCAAUUGACACUGAUUCUAUCCGAAUUUUCGAACAAAACCCUGGAGUUAUUUAGUACACUAAGCCAUGCCAUUACAACACAACACCACAAUUAAUUAUUAUAUUAACUCAAUACUGUAUAAAUCAAUGGAGAGAAGCGUAAAGAGAUAUCCUUGUGAAUCAUUUGAAAUUUGUGAAGUGUUUUUUUUUAUUUCAAAGGAUUUCCUCAGGACUUCUAAAGGAAAGCUGAGUUGUCUAAGUCAAUAUUUUAAGUCGUAAAUCAAUUCAGUCGCUGUUGGAAAAAAUUGCACUCAUGAGUCAACCUUUAGAACCCCAAAAAUUUUCUAAAUAAUUGUUAACGAAAUCGUGGUAAAUAAUAAUAAGCCAAACAAAAUGUAAAAUUACUCAACUUUUUUCUCCUUUAUGAAUCUUGUCAAGUAUAAAAUGAGCCGCGUAUUUAUUACAAUUCAAUCCAUUGAGUCAGACAGUUUAAAUCCCCAGUUCCUCUACAAUGGACCAUGAUCCAAGUAAUUCGGAGCACUCUUCCGAAGCCUCUCAGAGUACCCCCCAGAUCUCUGCAUCUAGUCACGAGAAAGACGAUUCAUCAACAGACGACAAAACCAAGGAUUCACAAUCAGAUCCUCAGAGCCUCCCGCCUGUUUCAGACAGGUUGACGGCUGUCGUGGAGGAUCCCACUGUGAGCACCUCUGCUGAGACCAGCUCGCCACGUAAUGAGACUGAUACUCCAGAGCAUGCUGAGACUGCACCAGAGACAACAUCGCCAGGAGAAGCCUCAGAAGAGCCGAGUAAGGCUCCACAGGGCCGGCCAGACGAUUCUCCAACACAAGAAUUAUCAGCAGAUGCAAGUGAACUUUCAGAUAAAUCUCCUGAAGACUCUCUUCUAAAAGAAAUCACUGAGUCGGAGAAGUCCUCGACAACUCAAGAUGUUUUACCUGCAGACACUGCUCCAGAAAUCUCAGAGAAAGAGUUUGAAUCCCCACCAGAGUCUCCACCAAUUCCUUCAAACCCACAGGACCCAGAGAAGCCGUCGGAAGGCUCUUCCUCAAGUGAGAAUUCCCCAGAGGCAUCAAGCCCUUCAGAGAAAAAGGCUUCCUGUGGAGACCGAAAGUCAGCAAAAUCAUCGAAUUCAUCCUCUGGCGAUCCUAUUACCCUCAUUGAUAUUGAUAGAGACGAUGUAGAGAAAGUGACCAGUACCUCCUACGAAGGUACAAAUUCUCCAUCCCCCACUGAUGCACCUAUUGAAGAGUCUUCCAAAUCCCCAAAGCAUCAAGAAGACGACAAAAUAGAAUCAGUAACGCUCGACAGUGAUCCUGAAAAGGAUGAAGACAAGCACCAAGAGCCUGAGAAAACAGAAUUCGUUCAGAUAACUCAGGACAAGCAGGAUGACAACCACUUAGAGGGUCCAUCAAUUGAGGCUGAAGACCCCUUUGGUGGUGACAACCUCGAUGCUGAUGAAGUUGAACCCAUGGACACUGACGAUAUCAAUGUGAGAAAAAUGAAUUUUUCUAAAUUGGGAGCAGCCGAUAAUCUUCAGGAUGCUGUUAAUGCAACAUCUUCAACGGAGGCUGGAGAUAUCUGCGAGGCCUCCGAAUCUUCAAAAAAGAGAUCAAGCUCUCUGGAAGAUACAGAAAUAACUGAAGUCUCUGCUUGUGAGGCGGCAAAGUCUAAGGAUAAACCUGAUAAAAGUGACAAGAGCAAAGACUCUGACGCAGACGUUAUUUCCCUGGAAGCCGAUGAACAAUCGACCGUUCUUCCAGGUCAGGAUGAUGAGUUAUGCAUUAUUCCUGACGACAUGAAGAUAAUUCUGCCCGGGAAAUCUGUUCCUCAGAAAGAGGGAAAGGCCUCAGGUUCAUCAAAAUCCCCGAAGACCACUGAGACGGCUUCAUCGUCAUCGGAGAAGACUUCAGUGCCUGCCGAGGACUUGGAGCCGUCGGAUAAAACAAAAUUUCCAGAGGAAACAUCUACAGAGAUCACAGAUAACGUCAUAGACCUAGAUGACGAGUCCAAAAUUUCUGAAAUCGAGGAGCGUUCAACCACCGCAAAACAAAUCUGCAAGCAGUGUAAAGAAGUCAAGACUUGCAAAAUCCGAGUGAAGAUUGGAACGGAGGAAUUUGGUGUCUGCUCCAAGAGAUGUCAGAACUCCUUCAUGGAUGCACACGGAAAGGCCACAGACAUCCCCUCCGAGGGUGCCAAUUCAAAAUACGAAAAACGCUGUGCCAGUUGUCUUUUAAUUGUGGAAACAAAUGAUGAGAGGAACCUCUCCUGGGAGACAAUGGAGUUCUGCAACGAAGAGUGUCUGGGGAAGUUCCAGACGAAGUAUGGAAGUUACUGCAGAAAUUGCAAUGGAACUGUUCAACCAAUAUCCUUAGGAAAAUAUUGCGUUCGCUUUGGUUACGAUGUUCGUCAAUUCUGCUGUUCAACGUGUCUGGAAGAAUUCAAAAAAGGUCUCAAAGUCUGCAGCUACUGCCAGAAGGACAUCAGCUCCGGAACCGAUGGCUUUCUGGCUCCUGUGGGCGACAAGGGACAGUUCAAGGACUUCUGCACUCAGCAGUGUAUGGAGAAGUACUCCAGAAUGAAUUCAACUGAGCCACUACCCCCAGAGAGAAAAGCUUGCAGUGUCUGCCAGGAGGAGAAGAUCGUCUUCUGCGAGGUGCAAAUAGAUAGGGGCCAGUCCCAAGCUAUCUGCAGUGAGCCGUGCUUCGCUGCUUUCAAAUUCGUCAAUAAGGUCGAUCCAGAUCACUGUGCCACUUGCAAAAAAUAUUUCCAAGUCGGGAACAAGAAGAGCACUGUUGUCUUCUACAACAAUGAAGCUCACACUUUUUGUAACAAGAGCUGUCUUAACAUCUUCAUCAUCACCAAUAGGAAGAUUGUCCCAUGCAACUGGUGCAAAGUUAAAAAAUAUAACUUUGACAUGAUAAAAAAGGAGUUGAAAUCAGGACAGGUUGUUAUGAUGUGCAGUCUCAACUGUCUCACCCUGUACCAGGUCUCUAUAAACGCUGUAUCUGCCAGACGGAUUCGAUGUGAUCUCUGUAAGGAGUUUUCGCAGGCGCAGUAUCACCUCACAAUGUCAGAUGCAACAAUUAGAAAUUUCUGUUCUUACAACUGUGUCAUGAAGUUUCAAGCUCAGUACACGAAAUCACCAAUAACAAUUCCAUCUGGAGAGGAUGCACCUGUUCCCACAGGAAUGCCGAAGCGAACUUACCCAGGCAAGAUCCAGCCCCAGGGGAUUGUAAAAAAGGUCGCUGAAAUAAACAGCACUGUUCAGUCUAUUCAAACCAAGAAAUCCCUUCCUGUGAUAUCAUCGGUAGCCAGUCUAGCAACCUUACCAUCCAAUGGCCAGCCUGCAGUCACCCAAAAAGCUACCACAAAUGUCGUGAGUCUUAACAAUGCAACAAUAACAAAUCCAACAAUAGGUUCAGGAACUCCCAUCCUGUUUAAGCAACAGGUAAUUACCAGACCCCCCAGUCCUGUACAGAUGCACAAUAAAAUGACCCAGUGCAAGCCUUUAAUGCACACAAAGGGGAUCUCAGUGAAGCCACAUCCCUGCACGAAAUCAACUCAAACUGAUGAAGUUCAGAAAGUCAUCUUACCCAUUCCAGUUCCCAUUUACGUGCCCUUCCCAGUUCACAUGUUCAGUUUCCCAUUUCCUGUCCCCAUGCCCUUUCCGCUUCCCAUACCUGUUCCCGUGUUCAUUCCAACAACAAGAAACAGUGCUAAAGGUAUCGCUAAAGAGAUUAAGAGGAUUCAGGAGAAGAUGCCCUCUGAUCCCUUCGAGGCUGAACUCCUCAUGAUGGCGGAGAUGGUGGCGACUGAGAAGAAGAAGACAGAGAGUGAUUCGGAAUCUGAGGAUAAUGGGAAUGACGAGGAAGGUGAGAAUGUUCAAGAGGACAAGCAGCAGGAUGCUGUUGAUGGAGGCAGUGCCUUUGGAGAGGAGAUGCUCCAGAUGGCACUAAAGAUGGCCACUGGCGAGCUGGAAGAGCCUCCAGUAGAUCUGGAGGCUGCUCUGACACCCAGCACCAUUACAGCUGCUCCCCAGGGCGAAGGGGAGGAGAACCAGAAUGUGGAGGAGAGACAGGCGCGUGGCAGGAAGAGAGCAGUGUCUCACAAGUCCAAGGGAGUAACUAAUAAGAAAGGGAGAAGGUCUUCCAGCGUUGACGAGGCGCCUCUUAUGCCUCCACCCGAGUCUCAGACUCCACAGAAGGUCCUGGAACCUCUGGAGAAACCCGAUGCCAAUAUGGCGCUCAAAUUUACGUUUGGGGUGAAUGCGUGGAGGCAGUGGGUCGUGGGGAAAAAUGUGGACAUGGAAAAAAAUGCGGGGAGCAGAUCUAUUAAGCCCUUCAAGACAGAUUUACUUCAGCUCACUGCUGAUGAACUCAAUUAUUCACUCUGUCUCUUUGUGAAAGAAGUGAGAAAACCUAAUGGGGCUGAGUAUGCGCCAGAUACGAUUUAUUAUCUGUGUCUUGGAAUUCAACAAUAUCUGUUUGAAAAUAAUAGGAUUGAUAAUAUCUUUACGGAUGCUUAUUAUGAAAAAUUCACGGAUUGUCUUAAUGAAGUUGCGACCAAGUUUUCGGUUUUGCAUAACGAUGCGCAGUUUAUUGUCACGAGGGUAGAGGAGGAACAUCUGUGGGAGUGCAAACAACUCGGGGCACAUUCACCACAUGUGCUAUUGAGUACUCUUAUGUUUUUCAAUACAAAACAUUUCAAUUUAACGACCGUGGAGGAACAUAUGGAACUCUCAUUCUCUCACAUAAUGAAACAUUGGAAACGAAAUCCAGCUGCUCAAGCUACGGCUGGUGCUGGUAAACCUCCUGGACCAAGAAAUGUCCUUUUGAGAUUUUAUCCACCUCCAACUGCACUAGGUGUAAAUUCCAAGAAGAAGAAAGUAUACGAACAACAGGAGAACGAGGAAAAUCCCCUGAGAUGUCCUGUCAAACUCUAUGAAUUUUACCUUUCAAAAUGUCCAGAGAGUGUCAAAAGUCGUAACGACGUGUUCUACCUUCUUCCUGAACGCAGCUGUGUUCCAGACAGUCCCGUAUGGUACUCAACUUCUGCCCUCGCUAAAGAUCAUCUUGUGAAGAUGUUGAAUCGCGUUAAAAUGGUCAAGGAGAUAAACGUCGCUCUCUGGAGUAGUUAAUGAGAUUCAAUUGUGCCGAAAGCUGUGUCUCAUCCAGUGCGUUAUUUUUUGUAUCAAAAUAUGAAAGAUAGAAGUGAUGAAGGUGAUUGUAUGAUGCGUGUCCGGUAAUUAAGCGUUGAGUUCACGUGAUCGCAUGACAAGAGUCAAAAUUUAUUUGCCUCACGAUUCAAAUUUUUUAUGUAUAAUUUUUAAUGAUUAAGGAAUAAAAUAAUGAAAAGAUUUGUUUCAUAAUUUCCUGAUUAAAAUCAGUGUCACUACA